AUGGAUUGGCUCUCUGCCAAUCGCGUUUUAGUAGACCGUCGAGAGAAGAAACUGCUCUUUCCCAACGCAGAGGAGCCUGAGUUGGUAUCUUCUCAAGGUGUUAUGAAGGAACUCCAUGACGGUGCGCAGUGUUACAUGAUCUUCACACAUCUGGAGGUGGAGAGAGGAGAGGCGACGUCAGUGAUACCGGUUGUGCAGGAUUUUGAGGAUAUGUUCCCAGAAGAAGUGUCAAGGUUACCACCCCGCAGAGAGGUAGAGUUCUCUAUCGAUCUAGUGCCAGGGACAGGUCCAGUAUCGAUGGCUCCCUACCGCAUGGCACCGGCAGAGUUGGUUGAACUUAAGAAACAGAUAGAGGAACUGAUGGCGAAACAGUUUAUUCGACCCAGCACUUCGCCUUUCGCCUUGGGGAGCGCCAGUGCUGUUAGUGAAGAAGAAGGAUGGGAGUUCGCGUCUGUGUGUAGACUACAGACAGUUGAACAAAAUGACAAUCAAGAAUAA